UUUUCUCUUUUUCUCUCUCUGGGUCGCUCUCAAAUCCGGGGUUUAUAUCUUCUUUUUUUUUCUCUCUUGCAUUUACUUGCACCACUUUCAACUCAAUUUCAUUCAUUGUUAACCAGUCCAAGAUCCAUCUUCUGAUAAUAUCUCAUCAUGCCUACAAGAUCUUCCUCUCUAGUCUUUGAAAAUUUUGUAGGUGGUUCAUGGGGUUGGUUUACUUUUUGUUGAAAAACUUAAAGAUGCUUCAAUUUUUGGGUACAUGAAGAAGAUCUGUUUCUGGGUUUGUGUGGUUUUUAUCUUUUGAAGUCUAAAGCUUUGAUCUUUUAGUGUUUUUCACACUUUCUUUUUUAUCUUGUUUCAAGAUUCAAAGGAAAUGUUGUUGAAGAUAUUGUUUUUAAGUUCUUGAAGAAUACUUUGAUUCUUCUGUUUUUUUUUUUUGGUAAUGGUGAAAGAUAAGUAAGGAAAGUGUGUAUUUUUAGUAGUUUAUUGUAAGCUCUGAAAUCGAAAGAUACAAGUUGUCUAGUGCCGUUUCAGUUUGGUAAAUUGGUGUUCUCUUUUAGUAUUACCAAGAAAAGGUCACUUCAAGACAUUCUCAUUUUGUUCAGAGCUCCCAAGAGAAUAAUGUUAAAAAAAGUUGAAUUGUUGUGAAGACAAAAGUGAAGAAGAAGCAGAGUAACAGAGCUUGUUUGUUUUUUUUCUUUCAUUAAGGGCAAAGCAUUUAAGUUUUUAAGAUUUAAGAAAAAAAUGGCUUCCUGCAAGGAUGGUAAGUCGGUGGUGUUGGAUAACGGAAAGUAUGUCCGGUAUACACCUGAGCAGGUUGAAGCCCUUGAGAGGCUUUAUCAUGAUUGUCCUAAACCAAGUUCAAUGCGCCGUCAGCAGCUUAUCAGAGAAUGUCCUAUCCUCUCUAACAUUGAACCUAAGCAAAUCAAAGUUUGGUUCCAGAAUCGAAGAUGCAGGGAGAAACAGAGGAAAGAGGCGUCAAGGCUUCAGUCUGUGAAUAGGAAGCUGACGGCAAUGAACAAGCUAUUAAUGGAAGAAAAUGAUAGACUACAGAAGCAAGUUUCUCAACUGGUGUAUGAAAAUGGCUACUUUCGCAGGCAAAGUCACAGUACUCCACUUGCUACGAAAGAUACUAGUUGUGAUUCAGUGGUGACUAGUGGUCAGCACCACUUGACAUCUCAGCAUCCGCCGAGGGAUGCUAGUCCUGCAGGACUUUUGUCCAUUGCAGAAGAAACUUUAACAGAGUUUCUUUCAAAGGCUACUGGAACUGCUGUUGAGUGGGUCCAAAUGCCUGGAAUGAAGCCUGGUCCGGAUUCCAUUGGAAUCAUUGCUAUUUCUCAUGGUUGCACUGGCGUGGCAGCAAGAGCUUGUGGCCUGGUUGGUCUAGAGCCAACGAGGGUCUCCGAAAUCCUUAAGGAUCGACCUUCUUGGUAUCGUGACUGCCGGGUUGUUGAAGUUCUCAAUGUGCUGCCUACUGCCAAUGGUGGAACCAUUGAACUCCUUUACAUGCAGCUUUAUGCACCAACAACGUUGGCACCUGCCCGUGAUUUCUGGCUCUUACGAUAUACAACUGUUAUGGAUGAUGGCAGUCUCGUGGUGUGUGAAAGGUCACUUGGAAAUACUCAAAAUGGUCCAAGUAUGCCACCUGUUCAGAAUUUUGUGAGAGCAGAAAUCCUACCUAGUGGAUACCUGAUUAGACCUUGUGAGGGGGGUGGUUCAAUUAUCCACAUUGUUGAUCAUAUGAAUUUAGAGGCAUGGAGUGUGCCUGAAGUCUUACGCCCACUUUAUGAGUCAUCAGCAGUGCUAGCUCAGAAGACGACAGUGGCUGCACUACGCUACCUCAGGCAGAUUGCACAGGAGGUUUCACAGACUAAUGUUACUAACUGGGGAAGACGACCCGCAGCUCUACGUGCAUUAAGCCAGAGGCUGAGCAGAGGCUUCAAUGAGGCUCUUAAUGGUAUAGCUGAUGAGGGCUGGUCAAUGCUCGAUAGCGAUGGAAUGGAUGAUGUUACCAUCCUUGUGAACUCUUCUCCUGACAAGUUGAUGGGCUUAAACCUUCCUUUUGCAAAUGGAUUUUCACCUAUGAGCAAUGCGGUUAUGUGUGCAAAAGCAUCAAUGCUUCUACAGAAUGUGCCUCCUGCUAUACUUCUCAGGUUCCUACGUGAACAUCGAUCUGAAUGGGCGGACAACAAUAUAGAUGCUUAUGCUGCUGCAGCCAUUAAAGUUGGUCCCUGCAGCUUACCUGGGGCUCGAGUUGGUAACUUCGGGGGUCAAGUGAUACUUCCACUCGCUCACACUGUUGAGCAUGAAGAGUUGCUGGAGGUCAUUAAGUUGGAAGGUCAUUCUCCUGAGGACGCGAUAAUGCCACGAGAUAUGUUUCUAUUGCAACUAUGCAGUGGAAUGGAUGAAAAUGCUGUUGGAACUUGUGCCGAACUCGUGUUUGCUCCUAUUGAUGCCUCUUUUGCUGAUGAUGCACCAUUGCUUCCGUCUGGGUUUCGCAUUAUUUCACUCGAGUCUGGAAAGGAAGCGUCCAGUCCAAAUCGUACCCUUGAUCUUACUUCUGCUCUUGAGACUGGCCCAGCGGAAAACAAAGCAGCCAAUGACCUUCACACUAGUGGUGGCUCAUCAAGAUCUGUCAUGACAAUUGCUUUUCAAUUUGCUUUUGAAAGCCACAUGCAAGAGAGUGUUGCUUCAAUGGCUCGACAGUAUGUCCGAAGCAUUAUUUCAUCUGUUCAAAGAGUUGCAUUAGCACUUUCACCAUCUCAUUUGGGUUCUCAUGGAGGUCUUCGUUUGCCAUUGGGGACUCCUGAAGCACAUACAUUAGCUCGUUGGAUCUGCCAAAGUUACAGGUGCUUUUUGGGUGUGGAGCUUCUCAAAUUGAAUACUGAUCAAGGAAGUGAAUCAAUCCUCAAAAGCCUAUGGCAUCACUCAGAUGCUAUUAUCUGCUGCUCCGCUAAGGCUUUGCCAGUUUUCACAUUUGCAAAUCAGGCUGGUCUUGACAUGCUCGAGACAACCUUGGUUGCACUUCAAGAUAUUACCUUGGAGAAAAUAUUUGAUGAUCAUGGAAAGAAGAACCUCUGCACUGAGUUCCCCCAGAUAAUGCAACAGGGUUUUGCAUGUCUACAAGGGGGAAUUUGCUUGUCAAGCAUGAGCAGACCUAUAUCUUAUGAGAGAGCAGUAGCAUGGAAAGUUAUGAAUGAAGAAGAUACUGCUCAUUGCAUCUGUUUCAUGUUUGUCAACUGGUCAUUUGUCUAAGUUACUGUUCUUUAGAUCUGUUUUAAAGGGAUCAGUACACUAUUACCUAAGAACCCUUAAAUAUUUUCCUUUCAGAAUCAACAUUUUGAACUUGUUGAAAACUUGUUUGUUGUUAAAACUUAUGCUACUCAGUACCUUUAUGCUAUGUCUUUUUUAA